ACAACCGCUCCACGCUGCCUGUGUCUGUUGUCUUGCGCGCAUCAGAACGCACCAAGUCUCAAUCUGACCAAAGUAUCUUCUCGACUUCAGCUGGACCUGUACAGUUCGGAAUAUGAAGCAGAUCUGAAGACAUCCAGACAAACCCCGCCGAAAACUUAGUGUACGUAGAGUCUCGUGGGAAAAGCCUAACGUAUGUCUUUAAGAGGAACUAUGGGGGGAGUGUCUCAUUCGAUUCAUCACUGGACAGACUAGCCGAAGAGCCGCUGGAGCCGAUCCCGAGCCGGCCCCGAACUGGCUUUUUGGAGCUAUUUUACGCUGGCUGGGAAUAUAGUGCAGCUUGGAUAAGCGUCGUUGUGCGUUUGGAGAGAUGAUGAAGGUGGUGCUGAUGGACGCGCUGAGUUUCCACGCGUUUGCGCUCCUGUGCGCGAUACGCACCACACUGGCAGCAAAUAACUAUCACUGCAAUGGGCCACUGGUUUCUGCUCUUCCUCCCUCAUCAUUCCAGGGCUCCUCAUCUUCCUCUGACAGUCAGUCGCCAUAUUUUGCCAAGCUCAACAGAAAAGAUGGAGGUGGCGGCUGGGCUCCAGAACGAAAAGACAGGCUACGAUGGCUACAGGUGGAUCUGCGAGAACGGGUCGAGGUCACAGCUGUGGCGACCCAGAGUCGUUUCGGGAGCCCUGAUUGGGUUACGAGUUACAUGUUGCUUUACAGUGACACAGGAAGAGCUUGGAAGCAGUUCAGACAAGAGGACAACAUAGGGACGUUCAGUGGAAAUACAAAUUCAGAUGGGAUUGUUCACCACAAGCUCUCACACUCCAUAAGAACACGGUUUCUGCGGUUCUUGCCAGUGGACUGGAGUCCCGGGGGAUGGAUGGGGCUCAGAGUGGAGGUCUACGGCUGUGCAUACAAGUCGGAUGUUGCAGAUUUCAACGGCAGGAGCUCUUUGCUGUACCGGUUUAAUCAGAAGUCCACCAGCACUGUGAAAGACGUCAUCUCUCUACGGUUUAAGAGCCAGCGCGGGGAUGGGGUCCUUGUGCAUGGAGAGGGACAAAGAGGUGAUUACAUCACCCUAGAGCUGCAUAAGGGCCGACUGGCCCUGCAUAUCAACCUGGAGUCGGAUGUUGCAGAUUUCAACGGCAGGAGCUCUUUGCUGUACCGGUUUAAUCAGAAGUCCACCAGCACUGUGAAAGACGUCAUCUCUCUACGGUUUAAGAGCCAGCGCGGGGAUGGGGUCCUUGUGCAUGGAGAGGGACAAAGAGGUGAUUACAUCACCCUAGAGCUGCAUAAGGGCCGACUGGCCCUGCAUAUCAACCUGGGUGAGAGAACACUGAACCACAAUGAUGUUCAUGGCAGAGUUGCAAGGAGAAAGCCACUGCUCUCCAAAAAUAACAUUGCUGCCCGUCUGCAGUUUGCUAAAGAUCAUGUGGACAAACCAGAGGACUACUGGAGAAAGGUAUCCGCCACCUUCUUGAGCUCUAGCAGCAGUUUCCUGUCACUUCCAUUGGAUGCUGCCACGGAAACGCUGUCGGUGACGUUCCAGUUCCGGACAUGGAACCAAGAAGGGAUGUUACUUUCGGCCUGGCUGAGGAGAGAUUCAGAGAGACUGCUUUUGCUUCUCGUUCAUGGGCAGCUUAGACUCACACACCACAGAUCAGCGUUGCAAAGCUCUGAUAUAGUCAUCGGUCAGGCUCUGAGUGACGGCCAAUGGCACACGGUGUCCAUUAGCGUGGGAGGUUUCCAGGUUUCCCUCUCGGUGGAUGACGAGCCACCAUCCACCAUGCAGCUCAAGGACAUCGUACAGCCUGAGAGGAGCGUGCUAAUUGGAGGUUGCCCAUCAGUGUUAACCAAUCAGGGUUGUCGGAAUCCGACACUGGCAUAUCAAGGCUGCAUGCGCUCUGUUAUCAUUAACAACCAGCCAAUCAACCUCUACCUGGUGCAGCAAGGCCUGCUGGGAAACUACAGCAAGCUCCAGUUUGACAUCUGUGGCAUUCGUGACAGAUGUCUUCCUAACUACUGCGAGCAUGAUGGGGAAUGUUCUCAGUCCUGGAACACGUUUUUCUGUGACUGUUCGGGAACUGGAUACACGGGAGCCACCUGUCAUAACUCCAUCUUUGAACCCUCCUGCGAGGCCCACCGGCUCACAGGAAGUGCCUCAGGCUUUUUCUCAAUCGAUCCUGAUGGAAGCGGGCCGCUCAAAUCCACUGUCAUCUACUGCAACAUAACCGAUGAUAAGGUUUGGACCGUAGUGAAUCACAAUAGCACGGAGAUGGUGAGGGUUCAAGGGUCGUCGCUUCAGAAGCCCCACGUGAUGAAAUUCAACUACAGCACGUCUCUGGAACAGCUGCGGACACUUGUGGGCAGGUCUGAACAGUGCCAGCAGGAAGUUGUUUAUCUCUGCAGGAAGUCCCGCCUCUUUAAUACAUGGGAUGGAACGCCCUUGUCCUGGUGGCUGGACCGGGCAGGAGAGAGAAGGACGUACUGGGGUGGAUUUCUCCCCGGGGUGCAGCAGUGCGCCUGCAGUCUGGAUGAAAACUGCAUUGAUAUGAAUCACUUCUGCAACUGUGACGCUGACCGCAGCUCAUGGGAGAAUGACACAGGAGUGCUGUCCUACAAAGAGCACUUACCAGUGACCGAGAUCUUGGUAGGAGACACAAACCGAAGUGGGUCUGAAGCCAUUUACAGAGUGGGAUCUCUGCACUGCUACGGGGACAGGUUUUUGUGGAACGCCGCUUCCUUCUACCAGGAGUCGUCUUACCUGCACUUCCCAAUGCUUCAGGCCGAGCUCAGUGUCGACAUCUCACUCUAUUUCAAAACCACGGCUCCCUCCGGAGUCUUCCUGGAAAAUCUGGGCACAAAAGACUUCAUUAGAGUGGAGCUCAGCGCGCCCUCUAUCAUGACCUUCAUGUUUGAUGUGGGUAACGGCCCGGUGGUUCUGACGGUGAAGUCUCACGUACCGCUGAAUGACAAGCAGUGGCAUUACGUUCGAGCGGAAAGGAAUGUGAAGGAGGCGUCGCUGCAGGUGGACCAGCUGCCCUUGCGCUUCCUGGAGGCUCCGUCUGAAGGCCACACCCACCUUCAGCUCAACAGCCAGCUGUUCAUUGGAGGCACAGCAUCGAGGCAGAGAGGAUUUCUAGGGUGCAUCAGGUCAUUAAGCAUCAAUGGGAUGACACUUGACCUUGAGGAGCGGGCUAAAAUGACACCUGGGGUCAGUUCGGGGUGCCCGGGUCACUGCAGCAGCCAAAACAGCUUGUGUCACAACAGGGGGAAAUGUAUCGAGAAGAGCAGUGGCUACGUUUGUGACUGCACACACUCAGCCUAUGGAGGACCCAACUGCAAGAAAGAAGUUUCCUUGUCCUUUGAAAGCGGGUCUUCGGUGACCUACACCUUCCAGGAACCAUUUUCUGUGAUGCGCAACCACAGCCGUCAGUCCUCAGCUAUCUUCGCCCAAAGCAGCAAUUCACGAGAGAGCAUCGCCUUCAGUUUCCUCACAACUCAAACGCCUGCCAUGCUUCUGACAGUCAACACCUAUCAUCAGCAGUACAUGGCCAUUAUUCUGGCUCACAACGGGAGUUUGCAGAUUUGGUAUCGGCUGAGCAGAGAGAAAGAGCCUGACAUCUUUACACCAACGUCUCUUAAUUUGGCCAAUGGAGAGCUCCACAGAGUCCAGAUACAUAGAGAGGGAAGGGACAUGUACGUCCAGAUUGAUAAAGAUAUCAAUCUGAAAUACAGCCUGUCCACGGACAAAGAGUUGAUCACGAUAAGGUCUUUGACAUUGGGGAAAGUCACAGGUCGAGCUGGUGUAGAUGAGGAGGUUCUCCAGGCCGGAUCAAGAGGCUUCAUAGGCUGUCUGUCUUCAGUUCAGUUUAACCAUUUGGCUCCUAUCAAGGCAGCCAUAUUGAAUCGAGGUAGCUCGUUGGUCAAUGUUCUCGGUAACCUGGUAGAGUCAAAUUGCGGAGAACUGGCUGAUAAGUCUUCAUCCAGAUCUUUGUCAGACCAUGCAGACACAGGAAGUAGAGGGAAGAAACUUACGAAUGCUGCCCAAAGUGACUCCGCUGUAAUUGGAGGUUUGAUAGCAGCAGUGGUGCUCAUUACCCUCUGUGCCGUGGCCGUGAUGACCCGCUUCCUGUACCGCCAUCGAAACGAGCGUACCCGGCAGAUGGCCUCCGUCAAGGAGAAAGAUCACCAGCCCAGGCCAGAACUCAGAUACCGGGCCGAGUUGGACCUACACAGUGCCAUGAGAGACAGUAGGAAAGAAUACUUCAUCUGACCUGUGGCGUACGAACCUCGUGACCCCCACUGAGUCGCUACGACCCUAUGUUUGGCGCCAACUCAGUGGACAGGGAUUGGGGACAGGAUGUCAGCUGAGCCUUGUGGACACAGCCAGUGCCCUUCACCUUCCAACCACUGUCCUUUAGCAUCCAGGAUUCAGGGAACGGAAAGUACACAACACAGAUACGUUGAAUUAUAGCGGUAUGCAGGCAGCGUGGCGGAUUUUAAUAUAUCGGUGGUUCUUUGCUGCGGUUUUAGAAAAGUGUUCCCAAGAGUUAGAAGAUCAGGUGGCUUCAAAACUCAGAAGCUGUACCCAAACAUGGCCUUCAGCCCUUCGCAGAGGAUGGAGAAUCAGACAUAUGAAGCGACUCUUUUGCUUUCAGGGCUAAUUGUUUAACCAGACAACAAAGAGAUUACAGAAUCGUUUGUGUGCGCACAUGCGAAUCACUCUGGCAGACAAACAAACACUCGACAGUCUCCAGUCUGUGGACCAUGACCAAUCAAACGGCUCUGGUGUGGUACUAAUCCAGCACGAAUGGUCUUGUUCAGCCACAGGCGAGCACGAUGUAGUGAUGCAAAUAAAGUGGUUGAUGUUACCAGUGGGGCUCUUUCACUUCCUCCUUCCUUUGCGCUGUUUCUCCUUCAUACAUUCACUCCCUGUUUCCUUUACUAAGGAGUACUUGAAUUAACAGUUAUGUGAUGAAUCGAGUGAAAGAACAGGAAAUAAGGACUUGAUUGUGUCCAUGAUUGGGUCAUGAAAAGCAGGCGUUGUGUUUCAGAAUGGUGGCUGAUGGUUGGAGGGAUUCGCACCGACGAAUCAUUCAAAAUAAAACCAGUAGCCAUUUAAUUAUGGUUAUGUCAUAUAUUUUAGGGUGAAAGUGAAAUAAUGGGUGUGGAUUUUAUUCAGCGUGAUUUGAUUGGAUCAUUAAAAGUAGGAUUGAUAUUGAUCAGUAUCAUAUCAGUGCCAACAUGUUUUUGGUUACAUCAGCAGAAAAGUUGUGGAAUAAGUUUUAUGAAAAACAUUGAUUCGUGCUCAAGAAAACCUGUAACGUUUAUUAAGACAUUUCCUGUUGGUGCUUUAUUUUAAAUAGCCGAAAGCCUUUACUUUACUGCAUACUUUGCAGGUUAAAUUAUGUUGCUAAUCAGUUUAGAUGGUAUCUGGGGAAGGUACAUUCUCAUUCUAGUGGAUUUUCUGGUGGAUUUGGACACAAAUCUGUGUAGUUCUCAAGACAAGU